AUGGACAUUGCGGACUCACUGCAGGUCGUGUCUGAUGACAGGAGGGCCACAGCACAGUUUCCAGCUCCCUCCAGGACCUUCUGGAUCAUCUUGUCCAUUGCCUUGUUGUUUUUUGCAGUUGUUGGUGUCAGUGUCGUGGGGGUUCUCAGCUUCUCCCCCAGCUCUGCCCAGGCUGGCUCCCAGCUCCUCCGAGUGACACUGCAGGGCCAGCAGGACCCGCUGAGGAACCAGACAGCCGUGGUGGACAAGGCCAGGAGCACUGUCACCUACUACAUCACCUCACAGAGCAACCUGAGCGCCGUGGUGCUGUACGACAGCAGGAACGGCUACGUGUGCUACAAGCCGCUGGAGCAGCGAGCCUGCUACCUGAGGAGGAUGGAGCCCUGGGACCUGCAGAUGGCUCUCAACACCUCCGAGCACAGCGCUGAGCAGCUGCUCCAGCCCAACAACCAGACCAAGUUCUACCGGGAGUUCCUGGGCAUUGUGGCAGGGCAGCAGCUGGAGCCCGGGGCCCUGGGGGAGGCUGUGCAGAGCCUGUGUGAGCACUCCUCCAUCUUCUGGGUGCGCAGAGGCCACGGGCCGGGGAGGCAGCGCCUCAUCUACCUGUGCAUUGACAUCUGCUUCCCCAGCAACAUCUGUGUCUCCAUCUGCUUCUAUUACCUGCCCGAGUGA